AUGCCGCUGCCUGCUGAGGCUGAGGAGAAGCUCGGUUGGGAAAUGGCAUCGCAGCGGUUCUACGAUGCGGCCCAGGUGCACGUACUUUCAGGGAGGCUCUCCCGGCCAUCAGAGGCCCGAGGAGCAAAGCUGGCCUACGAACUGCACAGCCGCUUCCAGACGGAUACCCCGACCAUGUAUGCAGCGUUGAAGGCUGCCACCUUGAAGGAAUCUGGCUCAUGGGAUGCAGUGCUGGAGAACAGCCCGGGCAGUGACCUGCUUGCACGGCUGCGGCGCUUCACCACGCUGCAGCAGACUACGGACUUUGACGUGUUGCCGUGA